CCGUCGUCCUGACAACGCCGUGUAAAACUCCCAGUGCUUUCUGAGGGACCAAAACAACACACACUGGCAUGUUGUGACAAGAGAAAUGACUGAAAACAUCAACAUGUCAUCGGGUUGACUGGUUAUGACUGAGUUUCGAAAAACGUUUGAUAUUUGAAGAAGAAGAAAGAAAAAGAGUUAGAAGAAUCGUACGGAAAGAUCUCUUACAGAGACCCCCCCCCCGGGAAUAAGACAGAACAACAAUGGGUCUGUUUGAUAAACUAGCUGGCUGGUUGGGGCUGAAGAAGAAGGAAGUGAAUGUUCUGUGUCUGGGAUUGGACAACAGCGGCAAGACCACUAUCAUCAACCAACUCAAACCAUCCAAUGCCCAGACACAAGACAUCGUCCCGACCAUUGGCUUCAGCAUCGAGAAGUUCAAGACAUCAAGUCUCUCCUUCACAGUGUUCGACAUGUCUGGCCAAGGGCGAUACAGAAACCUCUGGGAACAUUACUACAAGGAGGGUCAAGCCAUCAUCUUUGUGGUGGACAGUGGAGACAAGUUGAGGAUGGUGGUCGCUAAAGAGGAACUGGACACCCUCCUGAACCACCCAGACGUAAAGCACCGGCGGAUCCCCCUGCUGUUCUUUGCCAACAAGAUGGACGUGAGAGACGCCCUAUCUUCAGUCAAGGUCUCCCAGCUCCUCUGCCUGGAGAACAUCAAGGACAAGCCCUGGCACAUCUGUGCCAGCGAUGCUGUGAAAGGAGAAGGUUUACCUGAAGGUGUCGAUUGGCUGCAAGAUCAAAUCAGAACGAUGAGAACGUGAGAGGUUGAGAGAACGACACGACGGGGAGGGGGGUGAGGAAGGGGGGAAAUGCCAUCGUCUGGGUGGCGUCAUGGCAACACUGGAGUCCCUCGGGCGUUGACCCCCAAUGGUGUAAAUUCUCAACAUGACUCCUACCACCAGCCACACACACACACACACACAUGCCUCAGAAGAGUUGGAGCCAGCUAUGACCUUCUGACCUUUAAAGAUCAACCAGUCUGGAUGGAGGACUAGCCUUUCCAACGGCCCCUGGAAAUAGAUAGUCUUUUCUUCAGAUCAUUAACACAUCUUCCCACCAGUUUCUCUUUUCACCCUCAUUUCAAAUGACCCACUCCCAAUAAACUAGUUUUAAAUUGAGUAUUGUUUUGUUAUGGACUGAUAUUCUACAGUAAUGUUUUGGACUGAUAUUCUACAGUAAUGUUAUGGACUGAUAUUCUACAGUAAUGUUAUGGACUGAUAUUCUACAGUAAUGUUUUGGACUGAUAUUCUACAGUAAUGUUAUGGACUGAUAUUCUACAGUAAUGUUAUGGACUGAUAUUCUACAGUAAUGUUUUGGACUGAUAUUCUACAGUAAUGUUAUGGACUGGUAUUCUACAGUAAUGUUAUGGACUAAUAUUCUACAGUAAUGUUUUGGACUGAUAUUCUACAGUAAUGUUUUGGACUGAUAUUCUACAGUAAUGUUAUGGACUGAUAUUCUACAGUAAUGUUAUGGACUGAUAUUCUACAGUAAUGUUAUGGACUGAUAUUCUACAGUAAUGUUUUGGACUGAUAUUCUACAGUAAUGUUUUACACUGAUAUUCUACAGUAAUGUUAUGGACUGAUAUUCUACAGUAAUGUUAUGGACUGAUAUUCUACAGUAAUGUUAUGGACUGAUAAUCUACAUUAAUGUUAUGGACUGAUAUUCUACAGUAAUGUUAUGGACUGAUAAUCUACAGUAAUGUUAUGGACUUAAAUUUUACAGUAAUUUUUUUACACUGAUAUUCUACAGUAAUGUUUUGGACUGAUAUUCUACAGUAAUGUUUUGGACUGAUAUUCUACAGUAAUGUUAUGGACUGAUAUUCUACAGUAAUGUUAUGGACUGAUAAUCUACAUUAAUGUUAUGGACUGAUAAUCUACAUUAAUGUUAUGGACUUAAGUUUUACAGUAAUUUUUUUACACUGAUAUUCUACAGUAAUGUUAUGGACUGGUAUUCUACAGUAAUGUUUUGGACUGAUAUUCUACAGUAAUGUUAUGGACUGAUAUUCUACAGUAAUGUUAUGGACUGAUAAUCUACAUUAAUGUUAUGGACUGAUAAUCUACAUUAAUGUUAUGGACUUAAGUUUUACAGUAAUUUUUUUACACUGAUAUUCUACAGUAAUGUUAUGGACUGGUAUUCUACAGUAAUGUUUUGGACUGGUAUUCUACAGUAAUGCCUACUUGGUACUCUCAAAACACUCGUUUAUUAUGUCAUUUUCAUGUUGGAUUCUCCUGGUAAUGAACUGUAGACCACCAGCGGAGGAAACUAUGUAUCGAAUCACAACGAUUGGUCUAAAUGUUUGUGGGUUUAAAUAUACUGUGUGUUGUUGUUGUAGCUUAGCGUUUGCCAGGCUCAUAGCAUGACAACAGGAAUAAUAUGAUUUGUGUAAUUCUUCAUCAAAAUUAUAUUUUUGUUAUACUUGCAGUUCAUAUGACUCAAAUGGUUGUACAUUUAGACGUUGACAGACACUUCAGGGAAAAAAGGGCCAAAGAAGUUGUAAAAUACGAAAACUCAAGACCCACAGGUUUUAUCACAGCACACCUAUGAAUUAGUCCUUAUUUAUCUAAUGUGGAGUUUCUCUUCUCCAACUGAGUCUUCACGUAGUGUUUCCAACGGUUCUGAGAUGUCCAUUUAUUUGCAUUGUACUGUUGAAGGUAUGAGCAGAAUUUGCGUGUAUUUGACUGUGUUGUAUCGGGUGAGGACAGAUGGUAUGUUGUCAGAGUAUUAGUCUUCUACAUGUUGUAAACAACAAUGUAACAUGUUGUGUUUUAUUGAUCUACCUUCCGUGAUACAUGGGAGAAUGAUAGAUUAAAGAAAUGUAGUCUCUCUCUC